UGACUUUGGCUCCAUCAAGCUGGCCUUAUUACAUGGGAGCCGCGAAGCUGUUGCGACACAAUCUAUUUGACUUGGUUGACUCAACAAACCCAAAGUCAAUCACAAUUAAGUACAAUUGAUAUAGAUAUCGAGGCUUCGUGUCUACUCAUCGUCUCUCUCUCAAAGACCUUACGUGGCCUCCUUCAAUACUCUCUUCAAAUCGCAAUUCGAAUAACAAUUAUUCAAGAUGAUUUCCGACGAUGAACUUUACCGCCUCGCCAUAUUCCUCGGCUCAGCCGCAAUGCUUUUAAUUGUCCUUUACCACAUUCUCGAAAUCAACUCUGUAGAAGAGCCCAAAUCAGACAGCAAAGUUAGCUCCACUUCCACAUCUCAAGACAGCAAAGCAAACGUGGCAGGAAGAUGAUUGGAAAGGAUAGUUUUGAGUUGAGAGGAUGACUGCUUUUACCAUGAAGCAGGAUAUAUGUGGCCAUAGGGAAGCUGGGACAGAGAGGUGACUGUAC